AUGCUACGCGGUGGCUUCUCCCUGGAUGCGGCUCUUGUUCUGCUCCUUUUCUGGGCGCACAUCACAGCAGCUGUCGACAGGACCGCGUUCAGGCGAUGCGAGCAGUCCGGUUUCUGCAAGAGACACAGGACGCAGGUGGGACAGGUGAAGUAUACGGUUAGUGAUGUGACACAUAACGGGACAGCGCUGAUGGCUCGCUUGCAAAGUACCGUGAACACGCUGAGGCUUGUGAUCGUGCAGCUGAACGACUCAACGUUACGAUUCAAAUCGAUUGAGAUUGGCAAGGAUUCGGCCGUUUUAAUAACUGCACAGGAUGCAAAAGUGCUCCUAACUUAUGUGCCAUUUCGAGUGGAUGUAUUCGAAAAAGAUGUACUGCUGAUUAGCAUUGGCAAAGAUUCGGCCGUUUUAAUAACUGCACAGGAUGCAAAAGUGCUGCUAAGUUAUGUGCCAUUUCGAGUGGAUGUAUUCGAAAAAGAUGUACUGCUGAUUAGCGUUAAUCCAAACAAUGCGCUAAAAUUUGAGCAUUUCAGGAAGAAGGAGGAUGGAAAUGAGACAGAGGCAGAAGCGGGCUUCUGGGAAGAAGAUUUUAGAAGUAUUCACGAUCCGAAACCCUUUGGUUCGAGUUCUGUUGGGAUUGAUCUGUCAUUUAUCGGCUACAAAUUCAUCUAUGGAUUACCGGAGCAUGCAGAUAGCUUCGCACUCCGAUCCACUGCGUAUGUGUUGUUUAUUUUGAAAAAGGCUUAA